UUGAAAGGUGGCAAUUUUGGCGGCAUGUAUAGUCGGCUUUUAAGAUGGUCAACACAUGCUCUAAAUCAUACGAUAUUUUUGUAUAUUGGCUCACUUUCAUAAUCUUCAGCUGGAAUUCAUUUCUGCUAUGAGCUUCUGAUUCAUGCUUAGACAGAUUUUUAUGUUUAAUUACAAUACUCAAUUAUGAACAUAUGGAGGUUCUGAAUUUUUUGGUUAAAAGGUUUUUCCUCUAAUAAUUCUGUCUGGAUGAUUUGCUUUUUUCUGUCAAUCCGUUUUCACUUUUUUAGUCGAAACAUGUUUAGCUUUUUUAAGAAGAUACCUUUCUCUUAUGAUUUUUAACUGAAAAUUUACUUUUUCCAAAAGAAACUUUACUUUCUUUAAAUAAAAACCAAGCAUGCUUAUAACAUGAUUGCUCACAUAGGACCAGAUGGUGAAGCACGAUUAACAUGUCCAUAGAAUUUUACCCAUAAUUGACUUAAAAGCAAAUUGCAAUAUAAAUAAUCAUGCGAUCCUCGGUAUUAUUAUUUCCAACAUGAAACGUUAUUUUCUUAGUUCGUCUUUCUUUGAUCAGUAUUCGAUAUCAUAAUCGACAAAAUUAUAAUUUGUAUUUCUUCUAUAAGGCUCGUUGUAUUACAAUAAUUCAGAUGAUAACUGUGGGUUUUGUUAUAGUGAUGAACAUUAAGCCCUUGUUUGCCAAUCAUUAAAGUAGGAAAAAUGAGUUUCUGGAAUAAUAAAUUUUUGGAGAAUAUGUGAUUAAAAAAUGUGAAAAAGUUUAAAUUUUACAUGUAAGAUAUUUUAUUGUGAGAAUGUAUAAUUGAAAACGAAUUUGAGAAAAUAAGGAUUUUGAAAUAAUGAUGUAUAAACUGGGUUAGUAGUAACUAAACCUGGAUGUAAGUUACCAGUGUUGUCAUGAAGAUUUCCAUUUGUACAGAAAACCGUUUCAUAGAAUUCUGCCAAAAAUCUCACGUGUGUGGGACCCACGUUGUGAUAAAAAAUGUCAAAAAAUCCCCCAACCCACCCGCUAUUGCGUCUAUUCUGUAUGAUUUCUGUGCGUGCAAUUUCUGUACACACAGCAAGCUUUGUGUUGUCAUUUUCUAAUUAUGGAAAUUUUCAUAUGUGGAGAGUUCUUUUUGGUUUUAGAGAUAAAAAAAGAAAAAGAAAAAAGCCACAAAAUGGAGAAUUCAGAUCCACUGAAUUAAUGGCAGAUGUCAAGAUUCGAUUUCACAUGUAGAAUGAAUUAGAACUGGCUGUAACCGACCAGUGUUGUCAUUUUCUAAUUAUGGAAAUUUUCGUAGGUGGAGAGUUCUGUCUGGUUUUAGAUAUUAAAAAAAAAAAAUGUUACAUCAGCCACAAAAUGGAGAACUCAUAUCAACUGAAUUAAAUGGCAGACGUCAAGAUUUGAUUUCACACGUCAAAAUGUUAAUUUCGUUGGCGAGUUUUGCGCCACCGAAAUGUCACUGUCAAACUCCUUCCCGAAGCACAUAACUCACUCCCGUUAAAAUUAAUUAAUACUAUAAAGACUUUCUGUUUGAACAUGAGGAAGCAGAAUUCAAGACCCCAACGCCGGCAAUCAGAGAAAAAUUGGGCUGAAAAAUUGUGUUUCGGUUGCACAUGCCUGCAGCUUUUCUGGGCUCGAGUGGUCAUGCGCAAGUGGCUCAACCUCACCAACAACAAUUCCGAUUACUCCGCCGACACUGACUCCAAUUCGGACUCCAUAUCCAACUCCGACCCAGAAUAUUGUCAGUGGCCGGGUGCGUCGCGGUUUAAGAAUGACAGAAGCGAUGGAGUUCGAGUCAAGGAUUAUGGUAAUGUGCUUUGUUCAAAGUUCAGGGUGUUGAUUUUUGGUUCAAGUUUGUUUCGAUCAGUGUUAGUGAUGCCUUUAUGAUUCACUUUUUCAUUUGGAAAAGAGAUAGAGAAUUUUUUUUUUAAACUAUUUUUUUGGUAAUAUAUUGGUCUCAGAAGCUUACCUUUUUGGGCUGUGAGAAUCUUCACAAUAUAUUAUUGUGCAUUACACGGGUGACUUUGCCUACCUUAUAUAAAUAAAGAACUAAAGGGUUUUUUUGUCUUC